AUGCACAAGAGAGCCACGCACAAGCGCGUUUGCAAGACUUUAAUCGGGCAAAGUUCAACUGACAGGGUUCUCUCCAUCACAGCCGCAACGCAGGAGCAAGUGACCGUACUGCGGAACAUAUCCAGCCAUAACGAGACGGCGCUAUGGCAACCAGCUGCCCCCAGUCUCAUCAGGACAGACUCUCCAGUCCAUCUGCACAUCCGUGCGGGCGUUGUGAACCAUGUCACCAACCUGCUGCGUAGUCAUGGGCUCACAUACAGCAUUCUGCUAGAGAACACACAGGAAUUGAUCGAGAAACAGACGAGAAAUGAGACAAGUGAUCCUCGAAGCAGUGGCAUGAACCAUGAUAAAUUUUACUCUUUAGACGAGAUUUAUAACUGGGUGAAUAAAACAAGUGAAGAGUAUCCAGAUAUGGUGAAAGUCAUUUUGAUUGGGUCGUCAUUUGAGAAACGUCCGCUUUACGUUUUGAAGUUGUCAGGAAAACGGCCGGCGGUGGAUAAAGCCAUGUGGAUGGACUGUGGCAUCCACGCCAGAGAGUGGAUCUCUCCCGCCUUCUGCCUCUGGUUCGUCAGAUAUGUUCUUAUGUUUUACAAACAAUAUGUGGACAUUACAAGCAUAAUGGACAAAAUGGACAUUUACGUCUUGCCUGUCAUGAACCCAGAUGGUUACGUGUAUACAUGGACCACCAACCGCAUGUGGAGGAAGAACCGCUCUGUGAGGGAGCACAGCCCAUGCGUCGGAGCCGACCUGAACAGGAACUUCGAUGCCAAUUGGUGCUCGGAAGGUGCCUCAAGCUACGCCUGUUCGGAGAUUUACUGCGGCCAGCACCCAGAGUCAGAGCCGGAGGUGGAGGCCGUGGCCAACUUCCUCCGCUCCCACAAAGACUCUGUCAGGCUCUACCUUUCCAUGCACUCAUACUCCCAGAUGCUGCUCUUCCCAUACUCCUACACCCAUGAGCAGGCGAGGAACCAUGCUGAACUGCUUGCACUCGUACAAGAGGCAGCCGCGAAAAUACGUCAGUUUUACAGAAACCAGUAUCGGUUCGGUGCCGGAGCGAAAACAAUAUAUCUAGCUCCCGGCGGUUCUGAUGACUGGGCCUAUAACCUGGGCAUCAAGUACUCGUUUACGUUCGAGCUCCAGGACCGCGGUCGGUACGGCUUUCUUCUCCCUCCAACCUUAAUUCCCAACGCAUGUAACGAAGCGCUUCUGGCAGUCAAGAUCAUAGCUUUGCGCGUCCUGGAGAAGAUUCAAUGAGUUGCUACUUUUCUAGAUCAAAUGACCACACCAGUAUUUUGCAGCUAAGUGUCUCCUAUAUGUGAUGUGUGGAUUUCAUGUGUGACUUAAAAUUUUCACAGACCUAAAGAUACCCAUAAUAAUUGUAGCUCUUGUGAGAUAUUUCCCAUAGGUCUCUGUACUGCAGGGAAAAAAGACAGUAGAAAUAAAAAAGAUUUCAAACAAUA